AUGACACUGCUAAUGGAACAUGAAGCUAGUAGCCCCCUUAAAUCUCGUGAAGCAUGCAUCCGCUGCCGUGUACGCAAGGUGAAAUGUAGUGGCACUGAGCCAUGUCGUAAUUGCAAUGUUUCCCAACUGCCAUGUGUGUUCGAAAAUCGCCCACGACGGCCACGAAGAAUAAGUGUAAUGGACACACAAAUCCAUGCUCUUCAGAGUCGUAUUCGCGAGCUAGAAGAGAUCAUAAGUGCACAAGAAACUUCAAGCCUCCCUGCUUACUUUGAAGCAGAGAACAGCCAAAAUAUGGAGAAAAAUAAAAUGAAUCUUUCACUAUUUUUGGGAUCAGGUUCCAGUGAGCUAGUAUGUUACAAUCUCAUACAUUGGUGUAUUGAUGAUGAUCUCAAGAAAAACUUAUCAGAAGUUGAUGUUAUGCCCAAUUUUACCUCCCUAGUAGAGGAAGAUAAUUAUGAUUCAGUCAUGUUUGCCAAGGGAAUGAGCACUACCGAAUUUGAUAUCGAGAAUCACCUUACGUCCCUCACUUCAAAGGAAAUGGAAGAAGCAUUGCAGCUAAUGUUAGAUAAUGUUGACUACGGAUUUCUAACCUUUGAUCCAUCCAAGUUCAUGAGGGAUGUGACAAGAUAUUGUACAGGAAGCAACGGAUACCUACGCCUCCCAUCGGCUCGAGUAGACUAUCAGUAUUUUGGUUGCAAGACGCUAAUGGUAACAGCGCUAGGGCUGAUAUUUGCCUAUAAAUUGAACGGCUCGUCCUUAGCUACCAAGGAAAUUCCGGGACUAACUCCAUAUAAGCUUGUAAUGUCCUAUCUACCACUGGCCAUGCAGAUAUUAACUAUUUCUCACCACAAUCCAUCAGAGACAUUUGAAGUGAUAGAAUUAUUGGGACUCGUUGCAUUGUACAUGAGAUGCUUUGACAAGAAAAACCGAUCAGCAAUGGUGACCUUGAAUGCCUUGGAAUUAUGCAUAGCUUUAAAUCUUCAUAAGAAGUCAUUGUACCCCAAUCGACUCAACAAAGAAGGGUUCGACCACCUGCAUUUAUUCUGGUCUACAUAUUCAUUGAACCGAUUUCUCAGUUGUAGGAUUGGCCAGCCCAUUUUACUUCAUGAACAGGAAAUCGAAACCGAAAUACCAAAAUCAAUUUCAAGCUCUACCGAGUUCAAUAUCGAACUAGCAAAAAUAGCGGAGAGAAUUGUUCACGAGGUAUAUACGCUGCGUUCCGCGAUGGAUACAAAGAACUAUUUGAAGUCGAUCUUAUCGACACUUGAAGCGUUGACUGCGAUGAGCCAAAAGUUCACGGACAUAAAUGAGUUGACGCAGAAAGUGUUGAGUACAACGGAACCUGGCUCUCCAAAUUUUACUAGUCCAUCUCAGAAGCUUGUUCUUGGAAUUCACUUGAACUACUAUCAUCAUGUUCACCUUGCAUCCGUUCCAAUUGUGCUACAUCUAGCCAGGUUUUCCAUACUAGCAUUUCGUGACCCAUUGAAGUUUCAAAAUAGCAAUAUCUUGAUCAAGACAUUACCUAACGGUGUUCAAAAAGCCUUGAGAGCAUUUGCGAUAUCUACAAGUAAAUCCGUACAGAUAUUACUAAUUCUUCGCAGAAAACGGCUACUCAACAUCUUUGAUAUAACUGAGUUGGAUUACAUAUGUAGUUCAACUGUAAGUCUUAUCAUUUGUCUAAUCCUUCAACUUGAUGAGGAACUUAACUCCACGGGCAACUUCGAGGCACAGCGUUUAAUCCGCAAAUUGGAAGUAAUGUUGGAUAUACUUAUUGAAAUUCGAUUGCAUGGAAAUCUCAUAGCCAAAGGUAAAUUCAAGCAAAUCUUAAAAUUGUUGAGCUCCUUGAAAGUUCUUUUCCAGUCGAGAGGUCAGUCCUCCUAUAUUAAUAUUUUGAAUCGAUUUGCACUUAUUGAAUUUCAAUUGGAUUUCAGUAUGGGAAUGAAAAAUAACACCAGUGAAGAAAAGGCAAUACUUCAUGAUAUUAAUCAAAGUAUUUCGAACAGAUACGACGAAAUAAUUGGUCAAUUAUCUUCACAAAGGGUGCAAGGUUUCAGCACCGAAUCUCGAGCCAGGUAUACUUUUUCACCUUUGAAUUUCCAGUAUAACGAAGAAGACAUAAAUUUGUUGAACGAAUUGUUUGACGAUUUGGAUGCAAUUAUUGUUGAAAAAUGA